AAUCAUUCCAAGAGAAACAAGACAGCAAGUAAACCUGGUGCCUCCUCCACAAAAGGAAGAGGUGCCUUAUAGCUUACUGUCUUCUUUUCCUUUGUCCUUGCAUUUGCAUUCAUCUGUGAUCAUACUAACAAAAAAAAAUUAAAAAUUUAAAAAGUUAGAAACACAAAAACAAAUAUGACUAUAUCAAAUCGGUUACUGUUGUUAUUUCUCUUUUCGUUAAUGGUUACUUGUACAUUCGCUGAAAAACCUAAAGGUGUUUCUUAUGAUGGUCGUUCCAUGAUCGUCAAUGGUGAGAGAGAAUUGCUCUUUUCUGGUUCCAUUCAUUAUCCUCGUAUGCCUCCUGAGAUGUGGCCAGACGUCAUUAGGAAAGCUAAGGAGGGAGGUUUAAACCUUAUCCAGACUUAUGUUUUCUGGAAUAUCCACGAGCCCGUUCAAGGCCAGUUCAACUUUGAAGGAAACUAUGACGUUGUCAAGUUCAUCAAAGAAAUUGCUCGACAGGGCUUGUAUGUCACCCUCAGGAUUGGACCCUAUAUCGAGGCUGAAUGGAAUCAAGGAGGAUUCCCAUACUGGCUAAGGGAGGUCCCAAACAUCACCUUCCGUUCUUACAAUGAACCAUUCAUCUACCACAUGAAAAAGUACUCAGAAAUGGUCAUUGAUUUGAUGAAGAAGGAACAGUUGUUUGCACCUCAAGGAGGCCCUAUCAUCAUGGCUCAAAUCGAAAAUGAAUACAACAAUGUUCAACUAGCAUACAGAGAGAAUGGUCUGAAAUACAUCCAGUGGGCUGCCAAUAUGGCAAGUUCACUAUACAACGGAGUCCCAUGGAUCAUGUGUAAGCAAAGGGAUGCACCUCCACAUAUCAUCAACACAUGCAACGGAAGACAUUGUGGAGAUACAUUCACAGGUCCCAACGGUCCUAACAAACCUUCUCUAUGGACUGAAAAUUGGACCGCUCAGUACAGAACAUUCGGAGAUCCACCAUCACAAAGAGCAGCAGAGGAUAUUGCAUUCGCUUACUAUGGUGGAACCAACUAUGGAAGGACAGGCUCAUCAUUCGUGACAACUCGUUACUAUGAUGAAGCUCCCCUUGAUGAGUUCGGUUUGUAUAGGGAACCAAAAUGGAGUCAUUUGAGGGAUUUACACAGGGCUUUGAGGCUAUCCAGAAGGGCUCUCCUUUGGGGAACUCCCACAGUACAAAAGAUCAGCGCAGACCUUGAAAUUACAGUUUAUGAGAAACAAGGAACUGACUGUACUGCCUUUUUGACCAACAACCACACAACUAACCCCGCGACCAUCAAGUUCAGGGGUAAAGACUAUUACCUACCUGAGAAAUCCGUUAGCAUUCUUCCCGACUGCAAGACUGUUGUCUACAACACUCAAACGAUUGUGUCCCAACACAAUUCAAGAAACUUCGUGGCAUCAGAGAAAGCAAAGGGUCUAAAAUGGGAGAAGUACCAAGAAAAAGUCCCAACCUCAAGUGACUUGCCACUUAAAAACAGGGAACCUUUGGAACUUUAUUCUUUAACUAAGGAUACCUCAGAUUAUGCUUGGUACAGUACAAGUGUCACAUUCGAACGCCAUGACUUGCCCAUGAGACCUGACAUCCUCCCCGUGCUACAAAUCGCAAGUAUGGGUCAUGCAUUAGUUGCCUUUGUCAACGGAGAAUACGUUGGAUUUGGACAUGGUAACAACAUCGAGAAGGGCUUCGUAUUCCAGAAGCCUGUCGUGUUGAAACCUGGAACUAACACCAUCUCAAUUCUAGCUGAGACAGUUGGCUUCCCGAAUAGCGGGGCCUACAUGGAAAAGAGGUUUGCUGGACCCAGAGCUAUAACCAUUCAAGGUUUGAUGGCUGGUACUCUUGAUAUAACUCAAAACAAUUGGGGACAUGAGGUUGGUGUAUUUGGAGAGAAAGAGAAAUUAUUCACCGAAGAGGGUGCAAAGAAAGUAAAAUGGACACCAGUAUCUGGUCCUACUAAUGGAGCUACUACUUGGUACAAGACCACGUUUGAUGCCCCUGAAGGCAACAACCCAUUGGCUGUGAAAAUGGACAAAAUGCAGAAGGGUAUGAUGUGGGUGAAUGGUAACAGCCUUGGUCGUUACUGGUCAUCUUUCCUCUCCCCACUUGGACAACCCACUCAGUUCGAGUAUCACAUUCCAAGAGCUUUCGUUAAGCCAACUGGCAAUGUCCUAGUUGUGUUUGAGGAAACGGGUGGUAAUCCAGCAGAUAUCGAAAUCCAAACAGUAAACAGAGACACCAUUUGCAGUAUCAUCACGGAAUAUCAUCCUCCAAAUGUAAAAUCAUGGGAGAGAUCUGGUACUAACUUUGUGGCCAUAGUAGAAGAUCUCAAAACAGGAGCACACUUGACUUGCCCAGACAACAAAAUCAUCGAAAAAGUUGAGUUUGCUAGUUAUGGUAAUCCAGAUGGUGCUUGUGGAAACUUGGCUGUUGGAACUUGCAAUUCUGCAAAGAGUAUGGCUGUUGCACAAGAAAAAUGCUUAGGCAAAAACUCAUGCACCAUCCCAAUUGAGAGAGAAAUUUACGACGAGCCGAGCAAGGACCCAUGCCCUAAUAUCUUUAAGACUUUGGCUGUUCAAAUGAAGUGUGCGAACAAGAAAUAAAUAGAGCUUAAAGGCUGAAUGUUGGCUAUCACAUAUAUAAAAAUGUAUAUAGUAGAACUUCAUGCCAUGUUUUCACUACUUCAAAUAUUUUUUUUCUUAUAUAUAUAUCAAAUAAAACCGCUAUUAUUUCAGCCAUA